AUCUCUGCAGCAGCCACCAGAGAUAAAUCCUUGUCGAUUUCUUCUGAUCGGCCUGCGGGAGUUACACCGCAGGCAUUCAGUAACCCAACACGGCAGAGCAGGCCGGUAUUGGUCAAUAUAGUAUGUAGUUCAUCUAGGGUUGGUACCGUAUAUGAUGCUAGUGACGCCCACUUGACGUCUGUCUGUUUCAUUUUGGUUCCCAUUUACUUGCAGCGACCAUUAGACGUCCCAUCCACUCCAACUUCAAUCGGUCCUGGAUAGAGCCGCGCGCUUUAACACGGUGAUAAAUAGCACUGUGGAUAACGCCCAUCUACUAAGCCGCCGAUAUUCAACAAGCCCUCAAUGUCUGCAAGCCGAGAGGUAGGCGGCGGCCACCCACAUGGAGAGCAUGCGCCCGCCGUCACCACAGUAUUCGCGGAUGGUGAUGUACCAGACAAUAUCUCCGGCAUGUCGGAGGAUGAAGCAGCACUGGCUGCGCUGGGAUACAAACAGGAAUUCAAGCGCGAGUUCUCAGCCUGGACUUCAUUCGCCGUCAGUUUUGCCGUGAUGGGAUUGCUACCUAGCAUCGCCUCAACUAUGUGGUAUGGCAUCGGCUAUGCCGGGCCUGCUGCCAACACAUGGGGAUGGCUCGUCUCCGUCAUAUUUAUCAUAUGCAUUGCAUUGUCCAUGGCCGAGCUAGCAAGCAGUAUGCCAACAUCUGGCGGGCUAUAUUACGCAGCAGCCGUUCUCGCGGGUCCGAAAUGGGGUCCUCUAGCAGCUUGGAUAACAGGAUGGUCGAACUGGUUCGUCCAAGUCACCGGAUCUCCCAGUGUCAACUAUGGCGGAGCGGGUAUGAUACUGGCUGCAGCAAGUAUCGUCAACCCAAGCUACGUUCCAACUCAAUAUCAAACUUUCCUCCUUACCACCUUUCUCAUGAUCGUCCACGCGUGCAUCAGCAGUAUGCCAACGCUGUGGGUCGCACGCUUCAACUCAGUUGGGACUGCUAUAAAUCUUCUCGCGCUCUUCAUCAUAAUAAUCAUCAUUCCAACUACAACGCACAAUGUACCAAAAUUUCAGCCUAGCCGAGUAGCUUGGGGUAUCGAGAACUUCACGGACUGGCCGGACGGAGUUGCAGUCUUGAUGUCCUUCCUAGCGAUCUGUUGGACAAUGAGCGGUUACGAUGCUCCCUUUCAUCUCGCUGAGGAGUGCUCCAACGCCGCGAUCGCUUCUCCGCGAGCCAUUGUGAUGACAGCUGUCUCAGGCUCUGUUCUAGGUUUCAUUCUGAACACCUUGAUCGCGUAUACUAUCACCGACAUCGAUGCUGUUAUUAACUCGGAUCUUGGACAGCCAUGGGCUGCAUACCUGGUCCAGGUGCUGCCUAAGAAUGCCGCGCUCGCCGUGCUUGCUCUGACCAUCGUCUGUGCGUUUUCCAUGGGACAAGGCUGCAUGGUCGCAGCAUCACGCGUCUGUUUUGCGUAUGCCCGUGACGAUUGCUUCGGAGUGUUCAGCAAGCCCCUGAAGCGCGUCAACAAACAUACCCUAACACCCGUAAAUGCCGUAUGGUUUAACACAAUCAUUGGAAUCCUUCUUCUGCUCUUAAUAUUCGGCGGCACGGCAAUUGAUGCCAUUUUCAGCAUUGGCGCGGUUGCUGCAUUUAUCGCCUUCACCAUCCCCAUCUUCAUCAAGAUCGCGGUUGUACGGAAUAACUUUAAGAGGGGCCCAUGGCACCUUGGCCCGUUCAGUUUGCCUAUCGGCAUUGCCAGCUGCGCUUUCGUACUCGCCAUCGUACCGUUCUUCAACUUUCCUGCUGUCCACGGAAAUAAUCUUACACCUGCAGACAUGAACUGGACGGGUUUGGUUUAUGGUGCGCCGAUGCUAUUCGUUAUUAUCUGGUUCUUCGUGGACGCACACAAAUGGUUCAAAGGACCCAAGAUCAAUAUCAAUCACCGCAUGCACUCUAUUGCGAUCGAAGGCGUCGAAGUAUCUCCAAAGAAGGCUGAUUUUGACCUUGAAAGCAAUGGUUCUAUUUCCGGGUCUUCAUCUAAAUGAGCGAAGCGCCUUAUCCAACACCCUUGAACAACAAUAAAGAUACAAGUACAAUCUGCGGGCAAUAGAACCAUAUACAGAUUAAAUGGAACUAGCUUGAUACCACCCCAAGACGUUAUGUUUCCAAAUCAGUUUGUAGCAUCCGUAUACACAAGGAGCGUUCAUGGAUCUGUACAAAGGACAUCCCCGUGCACAUAGCUGGAAGCGAGUAACGUGUUCGAAAGUCGUCUAUUCACUUGCACAUUUUUAUGCUGC